AUGCGCGUGAGUCGUCGCAAGAAGAAGCUCCAGAAACCAGGCACCAUGGAUCUCUGCAUCACCAUUAAAGGAGUCUCGUUCCUUCUGCAGACAGGUCUGGGCAUUCUGGGUAACACAUCUGUGUUGAUGGCAUACGCUCAAAUCGCUUUAGUAGAGGCAUGCCUGCAGCCUGUGGAUAAAAUCCUGGCUCACCUCGCUUUCAGCAACCUGCUGCAAAUGCUGACGCGUGGUGUUCCACAGACAAUGGUCAUCUUUGGCCUGCACAACCUGCUGGAUGAUCCAGGCUGCAAAGUGGUGAUAUACGCCUACCGCAUCAGCCGCGCCCUUUCUAUCUGCCUCACCUGCAUGCUGAGCGUCUUCCAAGCACUCACCAUUGCACCAUCAGUUGGGCCACUUCUGACCAAACUGAAAUCUCGUCUUUCACAGCUGGUAGUGCCCACCUUUAUAGGUCUAUGGCUCCUUAACAUGACUAUCUGCAUCACCUCUCCACUUUUCGCCAUAGCACCUCGGAAUGGCACAGUACCUGCUUUCACUCUCAACCUCGGCUUCUGUCAUGUUAACUUCCGUGACAGCCUGACAUACGUGGUGAAUGGUGCAGUCUUCUCAACACGAGACUUUGCCUUCGUAGCUGUCAUGCUGGCCUCCAGCGGCUACAUCCUCAUCCUCCUUCAGAAACACAGCAGGCAGGUCAGGUCCAUCCGACGCACUCAGCAAGGAACCUCCAUGGAAAUGCAGGCAGCCAAAACCGUUGUCAUUCUGGUGGUGCUGUACACCAUGUUCUUUGGCAUCGAUAACAUGAUCUGGAUCUAUAUGCUGACUGUGGCACGGGUCCCAUCUGUGGUGGUGGACAUGAGAGCAUUUUUUUCAUCAUGCUAUGCCACAUUUAGUCCUUUUCUCAUGAUAAGCACCAAUAAGAAGAUAAAGGAGAGGAUGGUGUGUGCAGCUGGAGAACAGACAGCUGAGGACUCCACAGAGAAACCAACCACUAAAUGA